CAGGAGUGAAUCUACUCAUAUUUUCUGUGGAGGCAUUGGAAUAAGUAUCAGGUUAGUUUUCCCUCUAUCCUUAGGCUUAUCCCGUCAUGCAAUAAGUGCCAGGACUGUGUUGAGAAUGAAAAUGUGUCUAAUUUUUGCUGGAUGUUGGGGACUGGCGAUUGAGAAGAACGACCAGGGAAAUUUGGUGGGAAAGCAGUGCUGGGUCAAUUAA